AUGAGCACAAAAGAGAAUAGUUUUGAAGCCAAAUUACCCCCUCCUGCACCAUCACUUGUUUCAAUGAAAAAAAGAUCUGAAUCUAACCUAAGAACCUCCAUUGUUCUUUCAAAAUCUUCAAUGGCAGAAUCAUUGAGUAUAUCAUUUCCACCCCUACAGAUCACUAUUCCAGAUUAUUUAUUUUCAAAUCGCAUUUUUCGCCUGUUUAUAAUCCAAAUUAAAAUAUUUUUUUUAAAAAACAUAUUUAAGAUAAGAAAAUCUAUCCCUUUUUACCAUAAGUCUAUAUCAAUCUAUUUCAGUAGACUCCUUAUAAUAUUCGAAUGCAGACUUAUACCAAGCUUUACAGUAAUAAAAUUUUCCCUAAAACCACAAUAUCCCAAGGGCAAUCCACUAUCAGAUUAAACGAAAAUUCAGAAAUUCUACGUGAAGGAACCCGAGAAACAAAAGUUAACCUUACAAGUAUUUCUUCAAAGCAAAUUAAACGUAAAAUAACAAAUCGUGCUGAAUCUCUAUCACAGAUAACCCCAAUUCAAAGGGUUGAUAAUAAUGAAAAAAAGAUAAAGGACGGAAUGUAUGAAAUCCAGACUGCACUGAGCGAUAAAUUAGAGCUUAUGAGGGAUCUUGCAACUUACGAAAAUAAUUUUUCAAAGUCAAAAGAUUUAUCAAUAUUAUUAGGCAGACUAAGAGUAUUAUCAGCAUCAAUUCCUGAUACUUAUGAUGAAAAUAAUGGGAUUCAAACUGAAGAAAAAGUAUAUUUAAUAUAUUAAACUCUGCAUUUUCUUAUUUUAAAAAUAAUUUUUUAGAAAUUUAAUUAAAUAAAGAAUAGUCUACAAAAAAUUAACUGAAGGCUUAAACUCACUUUUAAAUUUAGAAACUCAGCAUAGCCCUAAGCUAGGCCACAGUCAAGUUGAAUAUGAAUCAUUUGACUUAAAAAGCAUUUACCAGAUACAAAAAUUCGAAUCAGUCUUCCAAGGGAUUUUCAAUAUAUCUUGUAUAUCAAGUAUAAUAAAUUUUCGUAGUGAUAAAUGAUUGGAGUAUAUAGAAAUUACUGUCCAGACACCAUAUGGGGAUUUUUUUAAUAUGAAUAUAAGACUAGCUAUAUCAAAUUCGUAUCAAAAUAAAAAACAAGUCUCUGCUUAUGCGAAAAAAAGCAUCCUUCCUCAUCUUUACUAUAUUUACUAUAAAAAUGAACUAAAAAUGAAUUAUGAUUAUAGACACAGUCAUACUUUUUAUAGCUUAAUUUGUAGAAUUAGAGGAUGAGGGGUUUGCUCGGUCGAGCUUACUGAAAAUAAUGAACAGCAGGUUCACAUUCAGGUAAGCUCAAUAGAUGAUGCUUUAGAAGUGCCAAUUUAUAUUAUAAUGCCUUGGACUUCUCUAUAUAUAUUACCAAAAUUCCUAGGCCUAUAUUUCUCUUUAAUUAAAUCUAAAAUUUUGUAUUAUAUUUUUUAUAAUUAAUAUUCAGCAGAAUAUUACUUCAAAAAGCAGCCUGUUUCUUGAGACAUCUGACUGACUUAAAAGAGUAAUUGAAAAAUACUUAUGUUAUAUCCCUGAAAUGAAUGGACUUUAUUGGCAUGAGGUUGGUGACCAAGGUUUUAUAUUCUUCCAAAAAGAAAUGAGCUCUAUAUUAAUGAAUGAUGAAUAUCUUAAAGAAGAACUUGAUAUUUUGUUAUUUAGCGAAUUAUAUACGUUUGAAGCCAAAAUUAAUAAUGCUGUAUUUGUAAUAGAGAUACUUGGAUCUACUCAGCACGUGAAAAUUAAUGUAAAAUAUGAAAAUGAGACAGUUGAUAUCAGUUCUGAGUCAAAAAGAUUUAAAUUAUUGACUGACUUGCAGUCGCUAAAUAUAAGGAAAGGUAUUGAGACUCUGAGGAGCUCACUUGAGCUAGAGUUAUUUCUUCGAAAAGUUUUCCCAAAAGCAUUUUUAUGUAAAAAUAAAGAAAAUUAA